AUGAAUUGCAGCUCCGCGUUUGGGGCUUUCUUGGACCCUGUUGCAGAUAAGCUAAUGGUGGCAGCAGUGCUCGUCCUUCUCUGCACCGAACCCGCACCAGUGAUCCCCUUUCUGCCAUGGGCCCUCCCAUCCUGGACCAUCCCACUCCCCGCCAUCGCCAUGAUUGGCCGAGAGAUUGCCAUGUCAGCAGUCCGGGAAUGGGCGGCAGGGGAGGGAGAGAAGCUGAAAAAGGCCACUGCAGUUAGCGGAUACGGCAAGUGGAAAACGGCCACUCAAAUGGUUGCAAUCACGGUGCUGCUCGCCAUCAGGUCUCCCAU